AUGCCCAUAGCGCUUCGCUUCGGUUAUCGUCAAGCAAAUUUCACCAGGUUCGAGUCGAAUGGUCAUAAAAGUAGCGAAUUCGUUUUAUUAUUACUUAUUGAUUUCAAAUCUGCUCGCGAUUGGGAAAAUAUUAUGCUGAUUUACGAUUUCUACAUAAAGUUCUUCCUUCACUUUAUCGGCCUGUGCACGUCUUAUGAAACAAAAAAAAAAUCGGGGCAGCAGUUGCGGGGACAUAGAAAACUGAAGAAUCGAUCAAACUUUUUUUGCCCCGUAAAAACUGAUGUUUUAUGUGUUUUUGAAUUGGGAAAAAGUCGGGUAUGGGUCAAUGGGCUUUAA